UCCAUUUCAUUAAAGGUGCCUACGCGCCAACCCAGCUCUUUGCAUUGCCCAGCACAACAAUAACUACCAACGCCAUGGUCAAUCUCAUAGCCGGACAUGGUACUCCUUACGAUGACUGCCUCCAUAGUUGAGGCAUUAGAAAAAUUUUCUGGAGCAAGCAACGACGAUGCUACUGAGAGGGACGACGCCAAUUCCUCGACGGGCAACCAGGACCCGUCGCUGAGGGGCCCGGCCGUUGGAAACCCCAUAGCUCACGGACAGAUCAUCGAUAUAUGGAAGCGCUCAAGAAGUGAGGGACACGGGACCAGAUUGGAGGAUCUCUUGCGUGGCGCGACCAUCUAUAUACCUCCCCCGCCUCCGAAACCAGAGCCGACCCACGAGUAUAAGGCGCUGAUGGCCCGGUUACGUCGCGAACAAGAGCAGAGGUCGUACGAGCGCAUGCUUCAGAAAGCUCCCCCGAGAGAGUCAUUCGCCCAGCGGUUCCCCUUGGCUCCCCUGGCCGCUUCGUUUGCCGAAGUGAAUCGGCCCUCCAACCCGUCGGAUUUGGGCGAGGAUAUCGAAAAUGGGGAUAUCCAGAGGCAAAUAACACUGAUCAUCAACUUUCUGGUCAGCAUAUUUGGCUGCGGCGCCGCGCUCUGGAUAGCAGCGAGGUGGUGGAGUGUCCCGGCUCGUCUCUUUCUCAGCUUAGGCGGCAGCCUUGUUGUUGCGAUUGCCGAGGUCGCCGUCUACUCCGCCUUUACAUGGCGAGCGGCAGAAGGCGAAAAGAGUCGGAAAAAUAUCAGAGAAGUCAAGCAGGUCGUCCAGACCUGGGUGGUCGGGGAAGACGAUAUCGGCAACAAAAGUGAGAAAGAUCUAUUGGAUGUCUCUAUAGGCAGUUCCGACCCCGACUCCAAUCUUCGCCGGAGAUUCAAAGACAUGAGGUGACAGCCGAGGCAAAGAAUCACGUAUCGCCCAAUAGCAAAACUUGCCUGUAAUCCGACCUAACCGGACAAUCCCCCUUUUUGGUGUACUACUCUUGGGACAGGCACAGGCACAGACACAGCCACAUGGUAGAAAUGUAGGAUCCGAUUGAGUGCCGCUGCCGCUUUUCCCCUGUGCUCUUAUAUUGGCAGCUGUUGCCAGCCGGUGGCACCUGUCGAGGUGCUGGCACUCAUAGUUUUGUUUUUGUUUUUGCCGUUAUUGCCUGUAAGGAGGUGUCUGCACCU